CGAGUGUGGUUUUGUGUGCGAGUGUGUGUGUUGAACUGAGCGGAGGUGAAGAAGAGGAGGAUGAAGCUUGGAGCGGAGGAUGGGAGGAAGAGUGGAGUAAGAGACAGACUAGCUGUGUGUGAAUGAGUGAGUGAGGAAGAGGAGAGGAAGGUCGUUCGUGGGGCCGAUAAAAAAAGGACUUGUCUAUUUGGGGACAACCCCCGCUGCAUUACUAACGGAAACUUUCAACUUUUUUACCCGCCACAGCUCGGCUUGUGCCCGGAGCCGGCUUUGUUUCACGGCGGGGGGAUCGGAGAUAAAUGAAGGAAUAAAAUAGAUCCCCCACCCUAUUUUUACUCACGCAGGGAAUACCCUGGGACUGAUUUUGAUAAGAUUACAAGAGGAUGGCGGCCAAUAUGUACCGAGUGGGAGACUAUGUUUACUUUGAGAACUCGUCCAGCAACCCGUACCUGAUCCGGAGAAUAGAGGAGCUCAACAAGACGGCCAACGGGAACGUGGAGGCGAAGGUGGUGUGUCUGUUCAGGAGGCGAGACAUCUCAGGCAACCUCAACACUCUGGCUGACAGCAAUGCGAGGGAAUUUGAAGAGGAGUCGAAGCAGCCGGUGCUGGCUGAACAACAGAAACACCAGCUCAAACACAGGGAGCUCUUCCUGUCCCGACAGUUUGAAUCCCUACCUGCUACACACAUACGGGGAAAAUGUAACGUCACCCUCCUCAAUGAAACUGACAUCCUGGCUUCUUACCUGGAGAAAGAGGACUGUUUCUUCUACUCGUUGGUGUUUGAUCCUGUUCAGAAGACCCUGCUGGCGGACCAGGGGGAGAUUCGUGUCGGAUCCAAGUACCAGGCUGAGAUUCCUGACAAGCUCGAUGAAGGUGAAUCUGACAACCGGGUCCAGGAAAAGCUAGAGACCAAGGUGUGGGACCCCAACAACCAGCUCAAAGACCCUCAGAUCGACCAGUUCCUGGUGGUUGCAAGAGCUGUGGGGACAUUCGCUCGGGCCCUGGACUGCAGCAGCUCCAUCCGUCAGCCCAGCCUUCACAUGAGUGCAGCGGCAGCCUCCAGAGAUAUCACACUGUUCCACGCCAUGGACACGUUGCAGAAGAACAACUACGACUUGGCCAAGGCCAUGUCCACCCUGGUUCCUCAGGGGGGUCCGGUGCUGUGCCGGGAUGAGAUGGAGGAGUGGAGCGCCUCUGAGGCUAUGCUGUUUGAGGAGGCUCUGGAGAAAUACGGCAAAGACUUCAACGACAUCCGUCAGGACUUUCUUCCCUGGAAGUCUCUGGCCAGCGUGGUCCAGUUCUAUUACAUGUGGAAGACCACCGACCGCUACAUUCAGCAGAAACGACUGAAGGCAGCAGAGGCAGACAGUAAACUCAAACAGGUCUACAUCCCCACAUACACCAAACCCAACCCGAACCAGAUCAUGGUGCCAGGCACGAAGCCAGGUAUAAACGGAGCAGCGGGCUUUCAGAAAGGACUCAGCUGUGAGAGCUGUCACACGGCCCAGUCUCCUCAGUGGUACGCCUGGGGCCCCCCCAACAUGCAGUGCAGACUGUGUGCCUCCUGCUGGAUCUACUGGAAGAAAUACGGAGGUCUGAAGACCCCCACACAGCUAGAGGGAGCUGCUAGAGCUGGCUCUGAGUCAGGCCCCCGUGCCCACAUGACCCGCCAGGAGGUCCAGGGUCUGUCCCCGUUCACCCGCAACGAGGGCCGAGCCAAGCUUUUGGCCAAGAACCGGCAGACGUUCAUCCUGCAGACCACCAAGCUGACCCGCGUCGCCCGGCGGGUGUGUGAGGACAUCCUGCAGCCUCGUCGCGCCGCACGCAGACCCUACGCUUCCAUCAACGCCAACGCCGUGAAAGCAGAGUGUAUGAUCCGGCUCCCCAAAGCCACCAAAACUCCUCUGAAGAGCAAGGUGAUCCCUCGGCAGUCUCUGGCCGCCAUCGUCAAGGAUUUAGCCAUCUCUGCUCCUCUGAAACUGAAGGCGUCCAGAGGACCUCCGACACCCAUCAACAGGAACCAGGCCAGUCAGCCUCGAGUAGGACAAAGCCUGCUUGGAAAGAGAGGCUUCGACAGCGCUACAGGAGUCCCCUACCCCGCCAAUGGGAGGCCAAACACCUCUGGCAUGAGGACCACGUCCCAGUCGGUCAUCAAGCGGCAGAAAGUCAGCCAGGGAGAAGCUCCAAACCCUGUGGUGUUUGUGGCCACAAAAGACACCAGGGCUCUGAGGAAACAUCUGACGCAGUCUGAGAUGCGGCGGGCGGCGAGGAAACCUCACCUCCUGGUCCGGAUCAAGCUGCCGCCGCCACCGCCUCGCUCCCUGGCCCUGCCCCUCCUUCCUUCCAGCACCAACGAGCCCAUCGUUCUGGAGGACUGAAGAGGAGGGAUGGAGGGGGGAGGGGUAUUUUAACAGGACACAGGGAUUGAGGGGUGGGGGGAGGGUGGGGUGUUUUUUUGGGGUGGGGGGGUCUGUGCUCAGGCCAUGACUUAGAGGCAGCACAGCACGCCAGGGGAUAUCUGAUUUUAUCUGUUUUCAUGCCAUCUUUCUGUUAGUCCUUUUCUUUCCAGAUGUUGACGUUUUCAGCACACACACACACACACACUGACCGAAUGUUUUAUUUUAUUUUAAUAUCCACUCUGUCACUCUUUAACUUCAUCCCCCGUUUUUAAAUGUGUCAUUCAAAAGCCAAUAAGUCUCCUCCUGUAACCAUGGUAACCAAGCACACGCUGUUUGUCCUCCAUGUCUUUCUCUUUCUGGAAAGGAAGAUUUCACUCUGCUCGCGGACUCGGAGCUGCCUCCAGCAUCUGGUCCAUCUGAGACCGCAUCAAGUGUCGGGAACUCCCCGUUACAGGGGUUCAUCCCGUGUUUGCCUCAGAGGUGCAUGUAAGGUCCCGGAGGCAGGUGUGUUCAGGUGUGUUCAGGUUCAAACAAGCAGAGUGUUGCUUUGUUUUAGUCAUUAUUUACUCCUUUCACACAAUCAGGUUGCAGAAAUGUGAAGGAGUAAAUGUGCCAACAGCUGCACGUGCUGUAAAGCUCAGCCACGUUUUACCCAAACAGGAGGAAAAACACCAGAUUUUUACCUUUUUUUAGUCUGGAUUUAAUCCUUAUUUAUACUUACCGUUCCGGGCUCAUCACACCCAUGUUGUGGUCUACGUUGGGUUUUUUUUUAGAUGCGAGAAACUGAACAAAAGUUGAGGUUCUGACCCGUUCGUGCUCUUGACACAACAAUGUUGGCUUUUAGGUACGAUGUAGUAGUUGAGCAAGAAAUCCCGGAUUAUCCUGGUGAUGUCAAAAAACCCAGUCUGAGUGGACAUCGUUUCCGGAUAAAAGCAGCAACAUGCAGUCUCACAGGAGAGAGCUGGUUCAGAGAAGAAACCAUUUUUAUGACUGUGAUGAUGAUGAUGUAAAUGCAGUUUUCCACCAUCUCAGUUUGUUUUGUUUGCUUUGUUUAUACCCCCCCCCCCCCCCCCCCCCCCCUCUUCUAUUUGUACAAUUAUCUAAGGCUGAAUCCCUGAAAUGCAGCUCUGAGGGAUAACUGGUUUUCUAAGAACAUGAGGGCAGAGCCAACCAGCUUGUAGCUAAUAAAGUGGAAAAUUGGCAUAUUGGAAUAUUUUGUACAUGUAAAGAGUGAAACUGCUCCGUGACCCUCCAUCAGGUGGUCAUUUCCAACAGGAAGUGACGGGGUGGAUUUUUCUAAAAUUCAGAGACCAACAUGUUGAAACUGAAACUUUUUUUUUCUAUUCCGUCUGUAUCCUUAAAUGUAUCUUGAUAAGAAAAAUAAAGCUUUUCUUUUUUCUUCGUGGUCAGA